UGUAGUUAUGAACUACACAGAGGUCGAAGGCAAGGUCCGCGAGGCCACGUCCGACGAGGCCUGGGGUCCCACAGGCCAGCAGAUGCAAGAGCUGGCCCUAGCCACGUUCACGUACGAGCACUUCCCCGAGGUCAUGUCGAUGCUGUGGCGCCGCAUGCUGCACGACAACCGCGCUCACUGGCGCCGCACCUACAAGUGCCUGCUUCUGCUAAGUUACCUGGUACGCAACGGCUCCGAGCGCGUGGUGACGUCAGCGCGGGAACACAUCUACGACCUGCGCUCGCUGGAGAACUACACAUACGUCGACGAUAUCGGCAAGGAUCAGGGUAUAAACGUGAGGCACAAAGUGCGAGAGCUCAUCGACUUCAUACAGGACGACGAGAAACUUCGCGAGGAGAGGAAAAAGGCGAAGAAAAACAAAGACAAAUACAUCGGUAAGCUCUUAAACCUUACGA